GUGGGCCAAAGAAACCAGGAAGCGUUUAGUGGGCCAAAGAAACCCAGGAAGGGCUUAGUGGGCCAAAGAAACCAGGAAGGGUUUGGUGGGCCAAAGAAACCCAGGAAGGGCUUAGUGGGCCAAAGAAACCAGGAAGGGUUUAGUGGGCCAAAGAAACCCAGGAAGGGCUUAGUGGGCCAUAGAAACCAGGAAGGGUUUAGUGGGCCAAAGAAACCCAUGAAGGGCUUAGUGGGCCAUAGAAACCAGGAAGGGUUUGGUGGGCCAAAGAAACCCAGGAAGGGCUUAGUGGGCCAAAGAAACCAGGAAGGGUUUAGUGGGCCAAAGAAACCCAGGAAGGGCUUAGUGGGCCAUAGAAACCAGGAAGGGUUUAGUGGGCCAAAGAAACCAGGAGGCGUUUUGUGGGCAAAAGAAACCAGGAAGGGCUUAGUGGGCCAAAGAAACCAGGAAGGGUUUGGUGGGCCAAAGAAACCCAGGAAGGGCUUAGUGGGCCAAAGAAACCAGGAAGGGUUUAGUGGGCCAAAGAAACCCAGGAAGGGCUUAGUGGGCCAUAGAAACCAGGAAGGGUUUAGUGGGCCAAAGAAACCCAUGAAGGGCUUAGUGGGCCAUAGAAACCAGGAAGGGUUUGGUGGGCCAAAGAAACCCAGGAAGGGCUUAGUGGGCCAAAGAAACCAGGAAGGGUUUAGUGGGCCAAAGAAACCCAGGAAGGGCUUAGUGGGCCAUAGAAACCAGAAAGAUUUAGUGGGCCAAAGAAACCAGGAGGCGUUUUGUGGGCAAAAGAAACCAGGAAGGGCUUCAGUAUGCCCAGGAAGGCAAGGAAGGCUUCAGUGGGCCCAGGAAGGCAUCAGCGGGCCAAAAAACCAGGAAGGGCGUCCGUUGGCCACAGAAGGCAGGGAGCGCUUCAUUGGGCCAAAGAAGGCAGAGAGAGCAUUACUGGGCCAAAGAAUGUAG